GGGCUUCUCUCGUCUGCAGCACAGCAGGCUCACGUGCUUCCUCUAGUCAGGGUGAAAGGAGAAGUUGCAGUCUAGAGCUAAGACGUGCUGAGACCAUCCAGCCAGUCUGCCCAGUCCUUUUCCUUCUGGCUGACACCAUCAUGCUACCCCAGAUAUUCUCUUUAAGCCUCAUACUACUUUUCACAGGUGCUGUAGUUUCUUAUACGCAAGUGAGUGGAGUAGUGGGUUGGCCGGUCACACUACCCUGCACCUAUUCAGUAACAAAUGGAGCGGUCACAUCCAUGUGCUGGGGUAGAGGGGCAUGUCCUACAUCUCGGUGCUCAGAGCAGCUCAUCUGGACUGAUGGAUCCCGUGUCACCUUUCAGAAGGACAUGCGUUAUACGCUAAAGGGGAAUAUUUUGCAAGGGAAUGUGUCUUUGACCAUAGAGAAUGGUACUGAGGCUGACAGUGGCCUCUAUUGUUGCCGUAUUGAGCACUGGGGAUGGUUCAAUGAUAGGAAGAUCACCCUAUCAUUGGAGGUUAAACCAGUCACUACUUCAUCUUCUUCAACUCAGCAAACAGAAAUCCAGUCUACAACACUACAGGGAACAAGAACACAACCCACCAGCUCACCUUCCUUGUAUUCUUGCCCAACAGAUGGGAAUGGCACCAUGACACAGUCUUCAGAUGGCCUUUGGCAUAACAAUCAAACUCAAGUAUUCCCAGCACAAAAUCCAUGGAUGACCACCACGAAAGGAAUAUAUAUUGGAAUCUUUGUUUCUGCCUUGGUGUUGCUUGCUGUUUUUGUUGUCAUGCUCAUCAAAAAGUAUUUCUACAUUAAAAAGAAAAUGCAACCACUAAGUAUGGUUUCAUUUAAUGCCCCUCAAACUGGAGCUCCGCAAACUGCAAAUAAAGUGCGAGUCCGAGCAGAAGACAAUGUCUACAUUAUUGAGGACAAUCUUUAUGUUAUGGAAUAAGACCUGGUGCGGCUCUCCAAUGUGGCAUGGUGAUUGCAGAAGACACUUACCAGAUGUCACCAUGCUGGAUACCCGUUAAGUCCAGGACCAUUUUUCUGUGUCAGUUUCAUUCGACAUUCCAACAUGUCAGCGACAGGGCCUGGGAGACCCUAACUGAAAACUGUGUAGUGUCAAUGUCAUUGUUAAUUCAGUGCUAAUUUGUAUACUAAAACUGUCUCAAUCUUUCUGGUCAUUGCAGAGUUCUCUCUCAAACAAGAACAUUUUUGAGUUAUUUGUUCCCUCUAGACCCUGUGACUCAUGUAUCCAUCAAAGAAAAUGGUAACUGGAAGUACAGGAAAUGAUUGUCCUGGUCUCCAAAAUGAUCAAGAGGAGGGGACUAGAACUUAAAAAUCAGAAAAUCCAAUUUGAGAUUCAUUUUGGAAGCAUUUGUUGAUUACUUUUUUUUAUUGUAAUAUCAAAUGUUGCAUUUCUUAGGUCCUUCAAGGGUUUCAAAUCACAGGAGUGCACAUGUCUUUAUUUUUCUGUAGACUGGUAGGAGUUUAAUAUCACCAUUACAGAUAUAUCUACUUUCUUAACAGCCCUGGAUGCAUUAAGUGCUUGAUCCCUGGAUCAGGAAGCCCAUUUUAACAAUCAGAUGACACUAUAGUAGUGAGUAUGGACAAAAUAGAUACUAAAGGAAGGAAAUAAUUGACGCUGUGAUUUUACAUGUUUGUGCUAUUUCUACUACACUUGUACCACCUGCAGUGCAGAGUGUGUGAUCCUGGGCCUGGCUGGGGGAUUGCCUGCCUAGCCCAUGCAGGAGGUUAGGAGGGCAUGGCACGCCAUGCCUUCCCCAGUGGCCUGACUGCGGGCAGGCAGCAGGAGCCCCCGGCGCAUUUCCCCCACCCAGCUCCAUGUUGAAGGGUCUUGUAAUUAUCAACCAGGUAAACAGCUCCCAGGUGUGGGCCAGGCCCAUUAGGCCCACCUGGAAAGCUACCGUAGCCCUCGUGACCUUCAAGCUGGUUGGAGAAGCUUAGCGGCACCAGUAUCGGCUCAUCCUAUAGAAUUAGUGUUGCGCUAAAUUAGCUACGCCCCCUCUGCCUGUCCUUUA